AUGGUUGAGACAAUUUUGAAGAGUAGUAAUCUUUUGGCUACUCUAAUAAAUGAUGUGCUAGAUCUAUCGAGGCUUGAAGAUGGAAGCCUUCGCUUGACCUUGGAAGUUUUAAUCUUGCUGCUGUUUUCAGAGAGGCAGGUUAUCAACUUGAUUAGGCAUAUUGCUUCGGUUAAGAAAUUUCUAGUUACCUUGCAUUUGGCUCCCGAUCUACCUGAAUAUGCCAUUGGCGAUGAAAACCGCCUAAUGCAAACUCUCCUUAAUGUUGUUGGUAACGCGGUCAAGUUCUCAAAAGAAGGGAGUAUCUCAAUCACUGCUUUUGUUGCAAAGGCAGAGUCUUUAAGAGAUCCUAGAGUUCCUGAUUUCUUUCCAGUACCUAGUGAUAAUCACUUUUAUUUGCGUGUACAGGUAAAAGAUACAGGUUCGGGAAUAAAUCCUCAAGAUUAUCCUAAGCUGUUCACCAAAUUUGCUCAAAGUCAGUCUUUGGCAACCAAAAAUUCUGGUGGUAGUGGACUUGGCCUUGCAAUUUGUGUUCACCCCCUUCACUUGCUUUUGAUCAGGUUUGUAAAUCUUAUGGAUGGACAUAUAUGGCUGGAAAGUGAGGGCCUGGGUAAAGGCUGCACUGCAAUCUUUAUGGUCAAACUUGGGAUUGCAGAGUGCUGUACCGAGUCUAAGCUUCCUGCUUCUACUAAAGCAGGAAUGAACCAUGCACGAACCGACUUUCCUGGACUCAAAGUUAUAGUGAUGGAUGACAACAGGUAA